CACAGAAAAAUCCAUUGGUAGGGACAGUAAGAAAUCACCGGUAGCCCAACAGAUGAACACCAGCUGCCAAGUUUGAGUUAAUACAUUCACAAAACUGUGUGUACUGUGUGCUGAUGUGAAUCACACCGACAAAGCCACAAACUAAAACCAGUAAAGUGCAGCUAAUAUAUGAAUUUCAAGACCAGCCUCUUCUUCAUUGAUGAGAUGCUGAAGCCAGCAGGCAGCAGAAAUCAAAGAUCAAAAAGUUUAAAGGUAAAGCAUGCCCUUCAAAUAUGUCUACUACUUGCAAUAUGCAUAUGGCUACUUUACCAAGUGAAGCAAUCUUGCAACAAGUCAAAAUCUGUCUCAACACAAGUAUCUGAAAAUGAAGAAAACGAGCUUCCAAUGUUGAAACUGGGGAGAAAAGACAUCAAGCCUCAACUAUUUGAAGAAGUGGAUCUAGAGGACGAAGAAAGCAAAGCAAAAGAGACCGUUGAUGGAGAUGAAGAGAUUGAAGACGGUGAAAAGGACAAGAAUGAAGAUGAAGGAGAGCAUCAACAGUUGCAGGAUAUAAUCGACGAAGAUGACAAGGAUGAAUAAUACAGAAGACAAGUAAAGAUGGUACAAUAUAUAACUAGUAAUUAAUUUAGUAUGAGGAGCUGAUUUGAGAUGCAACAAAAGGAUAUUUUCAAGGUGGAGUUAAGAAAGAAUCUGCACUUUGAUUCAGAAAAUUACUGAUCAAGGAUAUAUUCGUUAAGUGGUUCUUCAUAAAUGCAAUAGCAGAAAUGAAUGUACUAUAAAUGAAUAAAAUCAUUGUUCCACAAAAUUUUCAGAAUUUCUUAUGAUGAAUUCAAAGUAUUUUAUUAAA